CUGAGGAGGAAGCAGAGGCAGAGCAGGACUAGUCUCACUCAGGGCAGAAUACACACAAUAUUAGGACAUGAACACUCUCAUCCUCUCCUCUCUGCUGUGUUUGGUUGUUAGCGCUUUAGGUGUCCUGGGAUCCGCGGUGACGUUAUCGGCAGAGCUGAACCAUGUGACAGAUACGUCAGCCUUGGGGGAAGGGGAGGGGCUACAGAGCUCUCUGGGUGAUGAGGAUGAGGAGGAACUGGAUGAAGAUAUGUCAGGAGGUACACCUACAGACGGUUCACCCAAAGCAGUGCUGCAUCACAGUAAGACCAGAAAAGAAAAGGGGAAGGGCCAGAAAGGAAAAGUGAAUCCAGGAAAGAGGAGGAACAAGAACAGCAGUAAAAGUACCACGACCUUCAACCCUGAACACACGUCAGGACACACGUUGGAGUUCACGGCCGAGCACACACACCAGACGUCAGGACGUGUUACAGAGGACCCUUGUAACUCCUCCCACCAGGCAUAUUGUAUCCAUGGAAACUGCAAGUACAUGGCAGACCUGAGGGAGCCAGUGUGUGUCUGUGAGAAGGGUUACGAUGGGGAGCGCUGUGGCAUCCUGCUCCUGCCUACGAGGACGGAUGAAGAGGAGGAGAGAAGCAUCGCUGAGGUGGUUCAGACUGUCCUGGUCAUCAUAGCUGUGGUCCUCUCCAGCAUCAGCUGCCUCGCCAUACUGCUCAUGACCUGGACACAUUACAGGACUCAUAAGAACUUCCUGGUUGCUUACCUGGCCUCCAGCAGUGAGAAGGAACAGCUCCAGAAAACCACACCCUGUGACAUCACGGUGUGACCAUCAGCAGAGAACUUAAAGGUCUGGAACCAUAAUUUAGAACCAUGAGAACCGAGACAAUCAGAGGAGAACCGGUGCCGACUCCUGCCCAGCGGAGUGAUCGACUGAACGGACGCUACAACUCCAGACAGUAGAGCGUUCUGUAGAAGAACCAGCGUAGAACCGUCUUGAAGAACCAGCGUAGAACCGUCUUGUUGUUUAUUUAUUUGAUUUGACUUAUUUAUUGAGGACAGAGCUUUGUUUUGACUGGUUUUGUGUUAGAUGUGAUUGGACCGUGAUGUUGAGCAUACCGUCCAAUCAUUUCACUACUAAGUUAUUGCUUAUUUAUUGCCAUGCGUCUCCUAGGGAACAACAGAGAGAUACAGCUAUCGAUAAUCCUGGACAUAGAUGGAAUCUAUCGGUUCACUAAUAAAGUCCUUCAGUGUUAUAAGAAAUGUCUUUAUGUGUGUUUGUGUGUGCCUGCAUGCGUGGGUGUAUGUGGGUGAGUCCUGUACCCAAACACAGACACACAAUAAAGUGGCAGAGGGAGAGAGAGAGAAUAACUCUGACAAAGGACCUCAGCAAAUAGUUCUAAUAUUUAAUUCUCUCUCUUUGUCUCUCUCUGUGAUGUCACAAAGGGAUGGAAUGCAUUAUUUAUGACAUCACCGAAGUAGGAUUUUAAAUUGGAAUGGAACACUCCGAAGCAUCCGAUAGGUUCCGCAAACCAUAGCAUCAUAGUUCUCAUAUAUUCUCCUGGGAGUGAAUCUGGAACAAAGUGACACGUAUUGAAUGAAAGGAUUGGAACUAUCAUAAAGAUACAAAAAAAAUAAUAUGAAUCAUUAAUCAUAUUAAUCAUUAUCCUUUAUCUCAUUCUGGAGCCAACCUAAACUAUGGAUGUUGAAAUGAUAGAGAAGCAUCAUAAUCAUCAAGAUAGUUUGAUCUCUAUGGUUCAUAAACUCAGUUCAUGUGUGAUGUCAUCAUCCGUGAGGAGGUCAAACACUAAGUUCAUACAUAAAGAUACAAAAGAAAAGAAAAACAGUUGAUUUGGGAUCAAUCUCCUUCUCCUCCCUCCCUCCCUCCCUCCCUGUUGUUCCCUCUGUUUUCCUGUUCACAUGCAGACCUCUCUGUUACCAUGGUGCAGAGCUGUUUUGAAUGGCAGAAUAACGCCCAUUGCGGAUUGCAUGAAUGAGCACAAAUAGCUAUGUUGUGUUUGAGUUAGGGCGAGAGGGAGUGACUGGGCUAUUCUGAGCAAUACAACAAUAAGCAGGUGAGACGUGCUUGGGAGACACGUACACGCUGAGGUAUGUAAACAGAGAGGUGCCUCUAAUUACAAGGCUGACAUCAACAGAACAAAAAGAACAGACUAACCCUGAAAUGGAGUUUAAACUUAUCAAGCCCAGUCACUUCACUCAGAACAAAGACUAGCUAUCAGUUGAAGUUGAAGUAACCAAGUUAUGAAUGUUCACAGUCAUCUCAUAAAGGAGUUAUGAAGUGGUUGUGAAUUUGUUACUAAGUCAAGUGAUUCCCAAACUUGGGGGUCGGGACCCCAUGAGCGGUCACCUGAAAUUACAAUGUGGUCCCCUGAGAAAAUCUAUAAUCUUAUAAAACAAAUUAAGAACAUAUUUUCUCUCCUCAGAUGAGUAUAGCAUACAACAUGUCAACUAAGCCUUGUACACUAUUAGAAUGUUCUUUCUUGUCAUUAUUAUCUGUUGAGACAGCCUGCAGGAGUAAACAUGUUGAGUAAAUAUGUUGAGUAAAUCUGUUGAGUAAAUCUGUUGAGUAAAUAUGUUGAGUAAAUAUGUUGAGUAAAUAUAUUGAGUGAAAACAGUAUGUUGAGUAAAUCUGUUGAGUGAAUACAAUAUGUUGAGUGAAUACAGUAUGUUGAGUAAAUCUGUUGAGUAAAUCUGUUGAGUGAAUACAAUAUGUUGAGUAAACAUGUUGGGUAAAUAUGUUGAGUAAACAUUUUGAGUGAAUAUGUUGAGUGAAUAUAUUGAGUGAAUAUGUUGAGUGAAUAUGUUGAGUAAAUAUGUUGAGUGAAUAUGUUGAGUGAAAACAGUAUGUUGAGUGAAUAUGUUGAGUGAAAACAGUAUGUUGAGUAGUAAAUAUGUUGAGUGAAUAUGUUGAGUGAAUAUAUUGAGUGAAUAUGUUGACUAAAUAUGUUGAGUAAAUAUGUUGAGUGAAUAUGUUGAGUGAAUAUGUUGAGUGAAUAUGUUGAGUGAAUAUGUUGAGUGAAUAUAUUGAGUGAAUAUGUUGAGUAAAUAUGUUGAGUAAAUAUGUUGAGUGAAUAUGUUGAGUGAAAACAGUAUGUUGAGUGAAUAUGUUGAGUGAAAACAGUAUGUUGAGUAGUGAAUAUGUUGAGUAAAUCUGUUGAGUGAAUACAGUAUGUUGAGUAAAUCUGUUGAGUGAAUACAAUAUGUUGAGUGAAAACAGUAUGUUGAGUAAAUCUGUUGAGUGAAUACAGUAUGUUGAGUAAAUCUGUUGAGUAAAUCUGUUGAGUGAAUACAAUAUGUUGAGUGAAUACAGUAUGUUGAGUAAACAUGUUGGGUAAAUAUGUUGAGUAAACAUUUUGAGUAAAUAUGUUGAGUAAAUAUAUUGAGUAAAUAUGUUGAGUGAAUAUGUUGAGUGAAUAUGUUGAGUGAAUACAGUAUGUUGAGUAGUAAAUAUGUUGAGUGAAUAUGAACACCUACAUGGUGUCCCCUGUAUUUCCUAGUGUCAAUUUGAGGUUCUGUGCACUGUGCAGGAAAAGUUAUGGAACCCCUGUAUGAAGCCUUAUAAGGUUUAUUAAACGCUACAUCAUCUCAUGACCAUAUUUGGACUGCUGUUUUAUUGUGCUGUCUUUUACUGACCCAUGUCACACUGUGUGUGUGUGUGUGUGUGUGUGUGUGUGUGUGUGUGUGUGUGUGUGUGUGUGUGUGUGUGUGUGUGUGUGUGUGUGUGUGUGUGUGUGUGUGCGUGCGCGCAUAUGUGUGAUCUACCAAGAUAAGGGCAGUCUAACUGGGGGAAAGGUGAGUGCAGGUGAGUGUGGCUACAAGGAAUUACUCACAUGAUGCAGCCUGUCAGCCGGUCAGUCAGUCAGGCAGUUAAACAGUCAGGGGUGAGAGGUCUCUUUCAAGCACACCCACUACCUCUAUCCAUCUCUCUCCUAGGUGCUACAGAGACUGACUGGUCCAAGGACCUCUAGAGCCUUCUGACCCACUACCUGCGAUCUCUCCAGAGCACAGAGACGUGAGUCUCCUGGGUUAUGAAACUCCAGAGCAGCACAUCAACAAACCUGCCACACGGUUGUCACCUAUCCACAGACCUUCAACUGACACAUUUUGGGGAUGACCAAAUGCAAAAAAAAGAAUUUUCAUAAUUUUAAAUUGUAAGAUUACAAAACUUUUACAUAGCAUGUUUAUCAUGUUGGUCUUUAUUAUUUUUUCUGGGAUAACUUAAACACCAAGACAAAUACCGAGAUAAUGAUUUACAAGAAAUGCAAGUCUCAUGUCCAGAGUGAAUAUAUUUGUAUUAAUGUACCUAAAAUAUAUAUCCAGACAACAUUAAAGAAUGGGACAAAGUGAAUAUAUUUUCAUUAAUGUACAUCAUACAGAUAUCUCAUCUAAAAUAUAUAUA